AUGCCUUCGUACGCUAAAUUUCUUAAAAAGAUUCUAACCAAGAAGCAGAAGCUUAUAGUAGAAGAAUCCACUAUCUUGACAGAGAAGUAUAAUGCAAUUAUGCAGAAGAAUUUGCCUCCGAAAAUAAAGGAUCUAAGGAGUUUCAGUAUCCCUUGUAUGAUUGGAUCAACGAAAAUAGAGAGGGUCUUAUGUGAUCUUGGCGCUAACAUCAAUGUAAUGCCAUUAUCUAUGAUGAAGAAGCUGGAAAUCACAGGGGUGAAGCCCAUCAGGAUGAUCCUGCAACUAGCUGACCGUUCCACCAAGCACACCUAUGAAUUAAUAGAGGACAUACUUGUUAAGGUGGACAAGUUCAUCAUUCCGAGGGACUUUGUUAUCUUGGACAUAGAGGAGGAUACAUUGUUCCCAUGA